AUGGGGUUUCCUGCAAGGUUCUGUGGAUGGAUUGAGACUUGUGUGACUACCCCUAGGUACUCAAUUGCUCUGAAUGGCAGCCUUGUGGGGUAUUUUAGGGGUGUUAGAGGUGUUAGGCAGGGGGGCCCAUUAUCCCCUUACCUUUUUGUAAUUGUUAUGAAUGUUCUCUCCAGAUUGCUUGAUGUUGCGGCUAAGAAUGUAUUAGGAGUUAAAAGCAUCUUAGAGAAAUUCUAUCAUCUGUCUGGGCUCAAGUUAAAUGCCCUGAAAACUGAACUCUUUGUCUGUGGGAUUAAUAUAUGUGAAUUAGAGCAGAUUCAAGUAGUCACAGGGUUUAGAUCUUGUAGUCUUCAUGUCAGGUAUUUGGGAGUUCCUCUAGUGACUCGUAAGCUAUCAAAGAAGGAUUGCACUGCUUUGCUGGAGAAAAUUAAGGAUAAAUUGAGGAUGUGGUCAAGCAGGAAAUUGAGCUUUGGGGGGAGACUCCAACUUAUUAAAGUUGUUCUUUUUAGUAUCUUUAAUUACUGGAGUAGGCAGUUGGUUCUGCCUAAGGGUGUGAUUCAGGACAUUGAGAGGUUAUGCAUGAGGUACUUUGGAAGGGUAAUGACUCCCCUGCUCGAGGUGCAAGGAAAUAUUUUGGCUGGUGAGGGAUCAUUAUGGGUUGCCAGGAUUAAGGCGUAUUGCUUUAAACUUGAUGAUUACUGGAAUGUUGAGAACAAAUCCCACUUUAGCUGGAUACUCAGAAAGAUGAUCAAUCUGCAAGAGGAAGCCAUAGGUUUAUUUUCUACUUCAGGUAAUUGGUCACAAAUUAGGGGGAGUUGGAUUUGGAAUAACAUUCGGGACAGGAAGAGUAAAGUUGCUUGGCAUAAAGUUGUUUGGUUCUCUGCUCACAUCCCUAAGUUUUCUUUGAUUGCGUGGAUGGUCAUCCUUGAUAGGUUACCUACCAAGGAUAGACUUUGUAGGUUUGCUAUGGUGACUGAUUCUAGUUGUGGACUGUGUGGCGCUGAUCUGGAAUCGAGGAAUCACCUAUUCAUGGAUUGCCUUUUUUCUAGGGGGUUUGGAACGCUAUACUGCAGCUUUGUGGGUUGCAAAUUCAGUGGCCUAGCUGGGAUCAUAUGCUUGACUGGCUGGUCAGGAAUGUGA